GUCGCCUAAAAUCUCUGAAACACACACAAAAUAACACACAGAGAGACAGAGAGAGAUUUGGUUAUCAGAUCAAACCAAAAAUGGGGAAGAGAAGAGGCGUCUCCGCGGUGAACGUGGUUUUCGGGUGGCUGAGAAAGCAAUCCAAGAAGGUUAAGAUAGCUUUAGGGGUCAUCCUCUCUCUGCUUCUCAUCGUGUUUCUUAAAUUCACCGUUAAGAAUUACAAUCACUUCUUUAUCGCCUCCGAGCUCAUCCAUGCAGCCGGAAUCAUAAUCCUCAUCUACAAACUCACCCGACAAAAGACAUGCUCCGGUCUUUCUUUAAAGUCUCAAGAAGUGACAGCAGUGUUUCUUGCUGUGAGACUGAUCUGCAGCAUAAACAUGGAAGGUGACAUCCAUACAGUACUCGAUUUCGCCACUUUGGUUUCGACGCUGUGGGUCAUUUAUAUGAUUCGGUUCACGCUGAAAGCAUCUUAUAUAAAGACUCUUGACACCGGCCACAAUUACCAUGUGCUUGUUCCAUCUGCUAUUCUUGCGUUGAUUAUCCACCCGAAAAUGAGUUAUAACUACAUACACAGUGUCAUGUGGGCUUUUUGCGUUUACGCUGAAUCUGUCUCUGUUCUGCCUCAGCUUCGAUUAAUGCAGAAUGCCCAAAUCAUAGAGCCUUUCACAGCUCAUUACGUGUUUGCACUGGGAAUCGCUAGAUUCUUAGCGUGCGCUCAUUGGCUUAUCCAGGUCUUUGAGACGCGUGGACGAUACCUAUGGCUGAUCGGCGCUGGUUACUUUUGGUUCCCGGUGGCUCUAGUAGCCGAGCUCAUUCAAACCUUCAUCCUUGCCGACUUCUGCUACUACUAUGUGAAAAGUGUUAUGGAGGGUCAGCUCGUACUGAAGAUGCCGGUUUAGAUCGGCGUAUAUGAAUACAUUUUGUUUUUUAUUUUCGUCAAAGUAGAAUGAUAAAAACAAUCUUGACAUGUUUCUUUCUGCCUUUUCCUGCUUUCUUAUCUAAGAAUGAUUAGAGAAGUUUAAGGAGUAUCAAUAUAGCCAAGAAUAGUCUUGUUUUCAUUUA